GAGUCAGGACUGCAAUUCUUUAUAAAAUCAAGAUUAUUUUAACGCUAGGCGUCAAGUAUUUUUGGUUCUGAAGAAUUAUUUAGUUUAGAAAUCAGACAAAAAUCCAUUCAUGAUCGUCGCGGAAGCCUGGAAAGCGAACUACUUGUACUGGCUGUUUCCGGUUCUGAUCAUAACUGGAUCGCUUGCAGUCCUCGGUCUAGUCGGACUUCUGUUCGCUAUUAGACUCUACGUGAAACUGACUUGCGGCAGAUACCACGGCACCAGGAGGAUGGACGGCAAAACAGUUAUUGUCACUGGAUGCACCAGCGGUAUUGGGAAGGAGACGGCUUUAGAGCUGGCUGAACGUGGAGCGAAGGUUAUUAUGGCUUGCAGGAAUUUAGAAGCGGCGAAGAAGAUCAAAGAUGAAAUCAUCGAUAUAACAAAAAACGAAAAAGUGUUCGUGAAGAAACUUGACCUGAGCUCUUUCGCAUCUAUCAGGGAAUUCGCAGAAGAUAUCAACAAGACAGAAAACAAACUAGACGUCUUGAUCCACAACGCAGGCUACGCUGAAACCUUCAAAAAGAACAAAACAGUUGACGACUUAGAAAUGACCAUGCAAACCAACCACUACGGACCAUUUCUGCUCACCCAUCUCCUAAUAGAUUUACUAAAGAAGAGUGCUCCGUCUAGAGUCGUUAUUGUUGCCUCUUCAUUAUACCGAAUUUACUCAUUCAAACUUAACAAUCCAAAUCCAGUAAAUACUAUGCCUGGUUUCUUAUACUAUGCGUCGAAAGAGGCAAACAUCCUGUUCACCAGAGAACUAGCAAGAAGAUUAGAAGGUACAGGUGUAACUGCGAAUUGCCUGCAUCCUGGUUUAAUAGACACAGGAAUUUGGAGGUCUGUCCCGGCUCCUCUUAGCUGGGGUCUUGCUGGAAUCAUUAAAAGCUUCUUCAAAACGCCGAAGCAGGGUUGUCAGACUACGGUAAUGCUGGCCGUUGAUGAGAAGUUGGAGAAAGUCAGCGGGAAGUACUUCUCGGAUUGUAGCGAGAGUUCUAUCUCGAGGUCUGUAAGCGACAUGAGCCGUGCGCGGCAGCUGUGGGAGAUAUCUGAGAAGAUGGUACAUUUGACGGAGACUGACGCUAAGAUUUUAUAGACUUGCUACAACUUUAAAAAGUGUUAAAUAUUUUAUUAUGUUUAUUAUAACGUAAAAAAAGAAAAUGAUGUCCUUCGAAAGUAGAAUAAUCGGACUUUAGUCUCAUUAGAAAAUUAAUUUGUUCCUGGUCGACCAGCAAAACUACGGACUAACUUGGCCGACAUGAUGAGAACUUAACAUGAUUAUUAUUUAUUAUGAGAUAAAUUAGACAUUUUAAUUUGCUAUCUUUGUUUUAACGAUCAUAAUUUAGUGAUGCAUCUUCUGUAACUUAGAGCUAUAUUUUUUAUUGUCGUAUCUUAUUCUAAUUGUGUGAUGUAUCAUGCUGUUUAAGAAUAAAGUUUUGUUACUAUAAUUUUUCUCUUACCUUAGUGUUCUAUAUUAGCAAUUAUUUCUAAUUAUGGAAAACAAUAUUAAUUUGCUGUUUUUCGUUCA